UACCGGUAGGGGUACAAACAAAACGCUAAACGCGUUCUUAUACGGGUUUUAACCGGCAAUUUCUAUAUUAAAAUUACUUAAUAUCAGGACAAAAUGAAGCUAGUUAGAUUUUUAAUGAAACUCAGUCAUGAGACUGUGACUAUGGAGCUGAAGAAUGGAACACAAGUUCAUGGAACAAUAACAGGUGUUGAUGUAGCCAUGAACACUCAUUUGAAAGCUGUGAAAAUGACUGUGAAGAAUCGUAACCCAAUAAACUUGGAUACUUUAACAGUAAGAGGAAAUAAUAUUAGGUAUUAUAUCUUACCUGACAGUUUACCAUUGGAAACUCUGCUGAUUGAUGACACGCCUAAGGCCAAGGCAAAGAAGAAGGAAUCUGCUCGUGGUGCAGCCAGGGGCCGUGGUAGAGGUAGAGGAGGUCGUGGUGGCCCACGCGGUAGAGGAAGAGGUCGGGCACGUCGUUGACGAAUAGCCCAAGACGGAACUUAAUUUAAGUAAUUUAGUUAUAAGCAAAGAAUAAAAUAAUAAGUUUUUGGGUACAAUAAGCAUCUACUUUAUUUCUUAUACAAUGUCAAAGGUAUCACCAAAAAACAGGUGGUAUAACAUCCAGCAAACAAAACAUAUUAGGAAGAAACCACAGGCUAUCAAGUAUAAUGGUUUUUCACUUUUAUUUAGGUUUUUCAAAAUUCUUUUAUUUGUAGCUAGAAGUUUCUCCACUUCGAUCAGCUCCUGCUGUAGCUGAUCUUUGUGCUGGGUUUUCAAUGUGCCAGAACGCAGUUUAGCUUUCAAUGCAUAUACUCUAUUGUAACAAAUAGUGAUUGAUUCUUCAGCUUUAG